AUGGAGUCCAUCACAGAGGCGAAGAGGAUCCGCACAAUUGCGCACGACACACCGAGCAUUUCUACCUUUAUCGCCAGCAAUGUGUACCUUCCGCAGCUCGUGGCACUUCUUGAGGACGAAGAUGACGAGGCUGUGGCGAUCGCUCUCGAGGUGAUCAACUUCCUCGUCUCGGAAUCGAACGCCGCCAAUCGACGGAGGAUCGCCAGCGAGAAGAACCUCUUGUCGCGAGUACAGGAGAUGAUGAUGGACAUCUCCCUCGACGCCAAGGUCAAGUCGCAUGCCAUCAAGACCUACACAAACCUCCAGGCCUACCAAUCAUCAGGCUCCAGCGACGAACUGACGACCUCGACACCGUCGGUGGCUGCCUCCACCAAGGAGGUUGAUGCGGAUGUGAUUAACGAAGAGUUCCCCAACCAGCAAGAAGAGAACAAGCCUGCUGCGAGUGCUGUCCCUCAGGGAGGCCCUACGAUGUCAAUCUUCCGCACCGCCGCGGCUGGCCCAGCAGGUCGCAGCGCCACAGUUGGCUUUGGUGGCGCUGCUCCCGGGUUGGCACUCUUCUCUUCGUCGGUGUCCAACCGACUUGCCACGGCACAGACGUUCACCGUCUUCGUCAAGGGUCUCCAGAACCGGCCAGACAACAAGGCAGCUCUGGAGAAGAAGUUGCUGUCCGUAAAGGGCGUCAUCUCGUUCUCUAUCUUUGAGGAAAAGGCCGUUGUGCGUGCUAUCAUCAGCGAACAGGAGCUUCUGAAGUCAGUCCGAGAGAUUACUGGCCUGCAGGUCGCCAGUUCGAUGCCGGGCCUAGACGACAAGGAGAACUCGUCACCGCAGUACCUCCAGCGUGAGAGGACCAGGGACGCGGGCAACAAGGGCAAGAUCGUCGUGCAGGACUACAACAAGGACAAGGGCGACGAUGCCGCCGCCAACGGGUGGUUCGGUCGAGUCGCUCGUGCGCUCUGGGGCUGA